AUGGCCCCCUCCGCUGUGGAAACUGAGACCACCACGGUCCCCAACAUCGGCACUUUGAAGCUCAACGCCACCACGGGUCCGUACAAGGAGAUUGCCACAACCAAGUUCGAUAAGGAUGCUGAAGCCGGCCUGAAGGGCCACAAAGCCGCCAAGUACCCGCACUACCUCCCAACUUGGAACCCCAACGACAAGUACCCCCCACUCCAGCCGUUUGAGCAUUACGAGCACGGCAAAGACGCGGACCCAUCCUUCCCCAACCUUCUCCCUGAGAGCACAGCCGUCACCCACCUCACCCCAACCAUUGGCACCGAAGUCAAGGGCAUCCAGCUCUCCACCCUCAGCGACGCCGGCAAAGACGAGCUCGCCCGCUUCGUUGCCGAGCGCAAGGUCGUCGCCUUCCGCGACCAAGACUUCCGCGAUCUGUCCAUCGAGCAAGCCCUCGAGUUCGGCGGUUAUUUCGGCAGACACCACAUCCACCCCACCAGCGGCGCGCCAGAAGGCUACCCCGAGAUCCACCUCGUCCACCGCGGCGCAGGCGACAACUCAGUCGACAAGUUCUUCGCCAACCGCACCUCGUCCGUAGCCUGGCACUCCGACGUCUCCUACGAGGCCCAGCCUCCUGGAACCACCUUCCUGUACAUUUUCGACAAGCCCGAAUCUGGCGGCGAUACCCUCUUCGUCAACGCCGCCGAGGCCUACAACCGUCUCUCGCCUGCCUUCCAGGAGCGUCUUCACGGCCUCAAGGCCACCCACUCUGCCCACGAGCAGGCCAAUGCUUCGGCCUUGAGGGGCGGCAUCGUCCGCCGCGAGCCCGUGAUCCACGAGCACCCCAUCAUCAGAACCCACCCCGUCACAGGCGAGAAGGCCAUCUACGUCAAUCCUCAGUUCACCCGUGACAUCGUCGGCCUCAAGAAGGAGGAGUCCGACGUCCUCCUCAAGUUCCUCUACGACCAUCUCGCCUACGGCGCCGACUUCCAAGCCCGUGUCAAGUGGGAGGAAGGCACCGUUGUCGUUUGGGACAACAGAGUUACCCAGCACUCGGCGCUGAUCGACUGGAAGAAUGCCCAGCGGAGACAUCUGGCGAGACUGACGCCCCAGGCGGAAAGGCCGUUUGAGACUCCUUAUAAGGGUUGA